GCGGAUGCGGGCGCGUGACGAGAAGAGACGCGUUCUGGACACAACUUCUCGCAGCACGCGCCGCUGGCGGGACGGGGAAUCAUUAUGCAAGGCACGGCCGCUGAAGAAAUGGAGGGGGUUGAGACCACGAGCAUGGAGAUCGAUACUGCGCCACUCAUGACCGAGCAGGAGAGGCGGGUGCUGGAAGUCUACGACCGGGUAGAGGAGCUCCAGCUGGAAAUCGCGCUGCUGAAAGCCCGAGGCGUGUUAUCACAAGCCACUGAAGAGGAUAUCAAGGCUGCCGAGCAAGAACUCUUGAAGGCCAAAGCGAAAUAUCAAGUACGAAACAAUGUCAUUGAGAGUGUUCUCAUUGCGAAUCCUAUUCUGAAGGCAGUCCAUGCCGGUAGCAAUGCCACGAUUCUAGAACAAGACCUGCUACCCCUCAUUGAGCAACGAGAUGCGCUCUCCGUGUCCCUGACUCAGUUGUCUUCGAAAGUUCUAGCAGCACAGAAUGAGUUGAGGAAAGUUGAGAGCGAGCACAGUGUCACAGCUCGGAAGAACACCGAGUUAGCUACGGAAAUGCUCGCGUUGGCGGGGAAAGCAAAUACGCAGAAGAAGGACGGUAUUGAGGAUCCCAAGCUCCGGCAGCAGUUGGAUGAGCUGGAGGCCUCUAUGAAAGUCAGUCGGCAGAUGUGGAGGAUCAUGAAAGGUACAGCCAGUGCAACGGUUGCGGGAAGCGGUGUCGACUGGGCUCAGGAUCCGAAGCUGUUGGAGCUUGUGAUGGAUGAGGAUGACGAGGAUGGAUAGAUUAGUAAAUCAAAUAGGUUCCAUGAUAUGGGCUGGGAAUCGGGAAUACCCUGUAGUAAUCUCUCAUCAAUCUCAGAAAAAAAGUGUCUGAUGCCUCUGUUGACUCCGGUGGCAUUACCUGCGCGGCAGAA